AUGCAAGAGUCGCUGAAGCUGUUCGACUCCAUUUGCAACAACAAGUGGUUCACCGACACGUCAAUCAUUCUGUUCCUCAACAAGAAGGACCUCUUCGAGGAGAAGAUCAAGAAGUCGCCGCUCACCAUCUGCUUCCCCGAGUACACAGGCGCCCAGGAGUACGGCGAGGCGGCCGCCUACAUCCAGGCGCAGUUCGAGGCGAAGAACAAGUCGACCACCAAAGAGAUCUACUGUCACAUGACGUGCGCCACCGACACCACAAACAUCCAGUUCGUGUUCGACGCCGUCACUGACGUCAUCAUCGCCAACAACCUGCGCGGCUGCGGUCUCUACUAG